UAAAACGUCCACAGGACACUCCGUCUAUCCCUGUCUCUACUCUAGAACCACCCAUCUGGCAUCGAUGCACACCUCUUGAUCUCUCCACACACACACACCUAUGUCUCUACGACAGGUCGACAGGGGAGGCAAGCACGCACAGCUGAGUUGACUUUACCGACCCAGUACACGGCUUGAUGUUUGAUUGUCCUGAUCGUCCAUAGCUUAGAGCUAGAUCUGUGGAGUGGAUCUUUUGUUGACUUUGCUGAACUGUUGUUAGUCUAGCGUUCGGUCAGCCAAGCUAGCUGACUGCAAAAGGGAAGUCGAUUUUUUUUAUUUUUAAAUCUUGUAAAAGGAGGCUCCGAGUGAGAGGGUAGUCAUCUACCUCAUCUAGACUCACGUCAACAGAUUUUUGCAGAGAAUCUUCUGUUGUGGGCUGGGCAUCCGGUGAGAAGUCAUCAUGUGGGAGUUCCGGUCCAUGACAUUUUGGCGGGCAGUGUUUGCCGAGUUCUUCGGGACCAUGUUCUUUGUGUUUUUCGGGAUGGGCGCAGCCCUCCGCUGGACCACUGGGCCACAGCACAUCCUCCACGUGGCGCUCUGCUUCGGCCUGGCGGCUGCCACCCUCAUCCAGUCUAUCGGUCACAUCAGCGGAGGCCACAUCAACCCGGCGGUGACCUUCGCCUACCUGGUGGGCUCCCAGAUGUCCCUGUUCCGCGCUGUCUUCUACAUUGCUGCUCAGUGCCUGGGCGCUGUGGCCGGCGCCGCCGUGCUCUACGGGGUCACACCCAACAACAUGAGAGGCAACAUGGCACUGAACAUGCUGCAGCCCGGCAUCAGCCUGGGCAUGGGCACCACCGUGGAGGUGUUCCUCACCAUGCAGCUGGUGGUGUGUGUCUUUGCUGUGACGGACGAGAGGAGGAACGGACGCAUGGGCUCGGCUGCUCUCUCCAUCGGCUUCUCAGUCACCAUCGGACACCUUAUGGGCAUGUACUACACUGGUGCUGGGAUGAACCCUGCUAGAUCCUUCGCUCCUGCUGUGCUCUUCAGGAACUUCUUUAACCACUGGGUGUACUGGGUCGGUCCCAUGAUAGGAGGUGCCAUGGGCGCUCUUCUGUACGAUUUCAUGCUGUUCCCACGCAUGCGUGGUCUCUCUGAGCGCCUGGCCACACUGAAGGGCAUCCGAUCUCUUGAGACCGAGACCCAGCAGGACACCCGUGGAGAGCCCAUCGAGCUCAAGACGCAAGCCCUAUAAACCUGCCUCAGCCUGGGAUCCGGGACGAGGUACAGGGCCCUGUGUCUGCCAAGCCCCACACUGCCAACCCCUCACCACAACAACACUUGCACAGACUAACACUCAGAUACUCCUAUUGAAACACAACUAACAUACAGGUUAAAUGCAGUACACAAAACGUUCAACUGUACACUUACAGGUUCACAACCUUCAACCUCAAGACACAACAAGACUACUCUCCCUCAAACCUCAUUUUGUAUCCUGAACUGGACAUUCUGUUAGGUAGAAGCAACCAGGGCCUGCUCCAUGUGCCUGCCCCUCCCACUUACCACACCACCACCAUCACCUUCUCUCAACCACCCCUAGCCUACCUGUCUCACUGCCACACUGCCAGAGGAGGUCAGAGAGUAGGCUGUGUCUAGCAGGGGGACCUGGGGCAGGGGCAGUGGUGUCAGGGGGGUCAGGGGAGAGGAGCGGGAUGAGGGUGAGGUUUAGAGAGGAUAUGGGUGUGGGUGGGGUAAGAGGUGAGAAUAUAGGUGGGCCAUGGGCAUAGGCAGGGGUAGAUUAGAGGGUUGGAGAUUGGGGCAGUAGAAGUGUUAAGGGGUUGGGGGUGGGAUUGUAGUCGUAUAGGGUUGAGUUAGACCAGUGAAGAUGGGCAUGCUUUUCAUUAUUCAUCAGAAUUUAUUUUUCAGUUUUCAGUUUCCUUUUGUUUUCUGCACAAGACGUGGAUGUAUGAUACCAUUCGAUUUGACCAGGGUUUCAUUUUUCAAAUCACCACAUUUUAUCUGUGUGCGUUUGUGAGUAUUUGUGAGUGUGUGAGUGAGUGAGUGAUUAAGUGUGCAUGCUUCUAUAGUAUGUGUGUGUGUGUGUGUGUGUGCGUGUGUGUGAGUGUGGGUGACAUUGAAUGAGUGAGUGCGUGGUUGUGUGCUGGUAUGUAUGAGUGUGAUUUUAAGUGAACGUGCCUGUGUUCGUGUGUACGUGUGUGUGUGUGUAUGUGUGAUCACAGAUAUAGUACUUUUCAUUUUGUUUAAUUUUCAUUACAACUCUCCUGUUUUGUACUGUAUUGUUUCAUUUGUCAUCAAUUUUAAAGACAUUAUAAUUUCUCCUCCCCUCACUGUGGUAUUUGCUAUGAUAUUCAUUUUUACAUAAACCAUCUGCUUUUUUGUUCUGAAAAAAAAAACAUGCAAUCCAAAUGAAAUGUUUUGAUCCCAGACUUUGAACCACACCUGUUCUCUACAGAGUCUCCUAUCUUGUGAUGCUCACUGGGAGCUCAAGGCAGUUGAAAUCAUAUUUAAAUGAUAAUAAACACAAAAAGUUGAUAUAAAAAACAUGUCACAUUUGUUUAAUUCAUGAUUUCAUAAUUCCAUGCUUACAAGACCUUGCAGUGCAUAGGAGUGGACACAGGGUGGCGCCACAGCUAAACACUUCCAGGAUAAUGGCAUUAUGGGCCUGACUCAAUGCAGAUAUCAGGAUAUUGUGUCACACAGUGAAUCUACAGGGAGGAAAUGUGCACACUGUUGACCUGUUUAGUCAAACAACAAGAGAAGGCAGCAAGAGGAGCCAAACGACAUUGGAGGCAGAGAGAGGAAAGAAGGAGGAUGAGGGAGGAGGGAAGAGGUGGGGCAGAUCUCCUGGAUGGAGCUGGUCCCUGAGAGGGGCAUUGUAUCUGUGAUAAUGACGCUGGGGCCAAGCUUGUGACUUCCUCCCCCUCUUUGUCAUGCUUCUUAGACUGUAUUUGUAUAUAGUAUGAUGUAGUACUUCAGUUUCUAGGAUCUAAAAGUUGAUGCGCAGGUGAAGCCAGUUGAAAGGACUGAGAACCAAGAUGCAGGGUCUAUGUUGUACUACUGGAACACCAGCUGAUCCAGAAGAAAUGGCAUCCGUGCCAAAAGUUUGUGUACCUACAUAGAUAGCAAAUGAUCAAUUACACCGUGUAAUUAAAUGUUACGCAUCAAGAAAGACAUUAUAAUAAUGAUAAUGAGGCAAGUAUUUUCUAUUCUAGACACUGGAGGUUUAUUUUGCAUAUUUCUCUGGUCUUUUGUUGUAUGGCUUCAUUGGACAUGAUGCAGAUCUCCUGGAGCUGCUCUGCUGGGGAAACAAGGGACAACUCUCACACACAAUGGUCAACUAUAAUAGGGUUGAUACAUACACACACACACACGCACACACAUACACACAGCUACAAACUGCAUAUAAACAACAACAUUACUAGCAGGCAGCUAGUCAGUCCUGUCUCUCCCUGGUACCACAGAACUGAUGGAGGACAGCCUUUAGACACACACUCAUUCAGCUGCUGCUCAACACAUUGAAAUAAUGAACCAAAACAUGUAAAUAUGCUCGCCACAAAACUGCCUUAACAUGAUUAUCGCUAUUAUUAUUUGUUACAGUGUUGUCUUACCCUAUACAUAUUAAUUCCUAUGUUUGGCCUAAUAGAACAAUUGCAUAUUCAUUUAAACUGUGUUCAUUUACACUUGUAGAUUCCUGUCAGCAACUGAUGUAAAAAAAAGAAGAAAAAAAGAACAAAGACAGACAUACAGAGGAAGUAUCAAGAUAUUGUUUAACUAAACGUGUACAAGAACUAUAAAAGGAAGAUAAAA